GCCCGCCGCCCCGACAUGGCGAUCGCAAGGCAAGUGCUUUGUCUCUCCGCUUUCCUCUCCCUGCCGCACGCUCGCUCCGAGCCCAUCCGCUACUCCGUGGCCGAGGAGGCGGAGAGCGGCUCCGUGGUCGCCAACGUGGCGGAGGACGCGGGGCUGGCCCCGGCGCAGCUCUCGGCUCGCCGCGCGCGCCUGGCCUCGGAGGACGGCCGGCAGCGCUUUCGCUUAGACCGCGGCACCGGCCGCCUCGUCGUGGCCGAGAGGCUGGACCGGGAGGAGCUGUGCGGCCAGUCCGGGCCGUGCACGCUGCCCUUCGAGCUGCUGCUGGCAGACCCCCUGCAGUUCUUUCGGGUCGAGGUGGCCGUGGAGGACAUCAAUGACCAUUCGCCCGUUUUCCCGGAGGAACGCGUCACUCUUAAGAUCCUGGAAAGGAGCGACCCGGGCUCGCGUUUCCCGCUGGAGGGGGCUCGGGACCUGGAUAUUGGCAGCAACAGCAUCCAGGCUUACAGCCUCGCUCCUGAGAACGAGUACUUUAGUGUCUCCUUUGGGAGUCAGAGUGAGGACGACAAAUAUGUGGAACUGGUGUUGGAAAAGCCCCUAGACAGAGAGGAGCAGACGGAGUAUGGUUUCAGUCUCAUCGCUGUGGACGGAGGCUCUCCACCAAGGAGUGGGACCACCCAAAUCCUCAUUGUUGUUCUAGAUGUAAAUGACAACACCCCCGUUUUCACACAGAAACUAUAUGUUGGGCAGGUUUUGGAAAACGCGCCAGAGGGCUCUGUGGUUCUCAGUGUGGUGGCAACUGAUCUGGAUGCGGGACCUAAUGGGGACAUCUCCUACCAGUUCAGCCAAGCCAUGGGCCAGAGCCACUCGGCAUUCACGCUUGACCCCAAGAGUGGUGAAAUUCGACUUACCAAGCCUCUGGACUUUGAGGCAGCAGAGAAUCACGAGCUCAGCGUGCGGGCCACAGAUGGCGGGGGCCUCUCGGCAAUCUGCAAGGUUUUGGUGGAGGUGGUGGAUGUGAACGACAAUGCACCGGAGCUGGUGGUCAGUUCCUUCAGCAGCCCCCUCCCCGAGAACGCAUUACCUGGGACGGUGGUCGCCCUCUUUACUGUCAGGGACCGGGAUGCUGGUGCCAAUGGGAAGAUCAGCUGUGCCCUUGAAGACCAGCUGUCAUUCUCCCUGCGGCCAGCCUAUAAGAAUUACUAUGAGCUGGUGACCGUGAGCGCUCUGGACCGGGAGAAGACAGCACAGUACAUCCUGACUGUUACAGCAGCAGACGCGGGGUCACCUCCUCUGACAACCACCCAGACCUUCACAGUGGACAUCUCCGAUGUCAAUGACAAUGCACCUGUCUUCAACCAGACAUCGUACACCAUGCACGUGCGUGAGAACAAUGUCCCCACGGUGCUUGUUGGAGCCGUCAGCGCUGUGGAUGCCGACGUGGGGCCCAAUGCCAAGGUGACCUAUUCCCUGGCACUGGCCCACCCCGCAGAGCGGCCUCCCUGCUCCUGCAUCUCCGUGAACUCUGAGAACGGGCACGUGUUUGUGCUGCGGCCUCUGGACUAUGAGCAGGUGAGGCAGAUCGAGGUCUUGGUGAGGGCCUCUGAUGCAGGGUCUCCUCCCCUUAGUGCCAACGUCACUGUCUGCCUUGUUGUGGUGGAUGAGAACGACAAUGCACCGCUGGUGCUGUACCCCUCACAGGACAGCAGCACACCAUCGAGCGAGCUGGUGCCCGUGUCGGCUGAGGCAGGCUACCUCGUCACCAAAGUGGUGGCUGUUGAUGCCGACUCAGGGCAGAACUCAUGGCUCUCGUACCACCUGCUGAGGGCCACCGACCCCGGGCUGUUUGUGGUGGGUGCCCAAAGCGGGGAGGUGCAGCUGAGGAGGCCAGUGACGGAGAGAGAUGCCGUGAAGCAGAAGCUCGUUGUCCUAGUGCGAGACAACGGGCGGCCACCGCUCUCGGCCACUGCUGCACUGAGCGCACUCCUGCUCAAUGACUUCUCGGAUGCGCGCCUAUCGCAUAGCAGCCUGGCCACGGAGGAUGAAGGCGACUCCCUGACAACCUAUUUAAUCAUUUCAUUGGUCUUUGUCUCAGUGCUCUUCCUCGCAUCCAUGGCAGCCUUCAUCACUCUCAAGGUGUGCAAGAGAAAGGACCUGAAGGGUGGGCAUGUGCUUUACGGCCCUGGCAACUUGCAGAGCAGCCUGGCCGAUGCGGCUGCUGCAGGGACCCUGCCCCACGCCUAUUGCUACGAGAUCAGCCUCACAACAGGCUCAGGCAACAGCGAGUUCAAGUUCCUGAAGCCCAUCCUCCCCAGCCUGCCACCACAGCAGUGUGCCACGGGCGGGGGCACCGAUGAGGAACAAGAUUUCCCCUGUGGCCCCAUCACCAUGGAGGACGUGGCACCAGAACACCCCGGGAUGCUCUCUGCAGAACAGUUCAAUAGUCUUUCCUUUCACUAGCAUGGAGUCAUCACAGCGAGAGGCUUCAUGCCUCGCGAUGGGAAGGGUUCCGGGCUACAACAUGUGGCAAUGGUUCGUCCAGAGUAAAUCUGUAUUUGCAAUUGGCAUCACCAAUUUCCCUCAAAUUCUGGAGUCAGAAGAAAUGUUGUCUCACCCUCCAAAACACAUACAAACAAUAGAAAGUAAGGCUCCCUCAGUCAGGUAAUAAUAUAUUUCGGCUGUCUUAUGGUUGUUUCUGAAAUGCUUCCAGAGUGGGGUUAGGUCGAGGGGCCCCAGCUAAGUUUUGUCUCACUUGCUGUCAGGCAACACCGUCGACCUCUGAUU